CUUCUUGUUUUGGGAAUCCGUCUGCUAUCGCCAAUCCAGUGAGCGCCGUAGCUAUUCUCUCGUUCAAAUCGCGCGAAUAAGGAGAAUGGAAACACCCGCAGAAGGAGAGCGGCCAUGGCAAUCAUAUAACACAGUCUACACCAACGCUAAAGCAGGUAUGGAAGGAGUUGAUAAAGAGAAAGUGCAAAGAAUUGUUUAUGAAAUGAGCAAAGGGUCAAAAUAUUUUGAGAAUGAACAGAGGAAGGAGGCAUUCAUUAAGCAAAAGAUUGAAAGUCUGCGUGCUCAAGUUGAUAAACUUACAGACAAGGAUAUUUCUCAUUUUCAAAUGAUAGCUAAUAAAAGGAUCUUAGAAUUGGAAGCUUCGCGUGAUCUUUCAAAAAUUUGGCUGCAUACAGAUAUGGAUGCCUUUUAUGCUGCUGUGGAGUCGUUGGAGAAGCCAUCAUUGCAGGGAAAGCCUAUAGCAGUUGGUGGAUUGUCCAUGAUAUCCACUGCAAAUUAUGAGGCUCGUAAAUUUGGUGUUCGUGCAGCGAUGCCUGGCUUCAUUGCUUGUAAAUUAUGUCCAGAUCUAAUCUUUGUACCAACAAAUUUUGAAAAAUAUACUUUCUACAGUGAAUUGACAAGAAAAGUAUUUCGGAGAUAUGAUCCUGAAUUUAUUUCAACUAGUCUAGAUGAAGCUUACCUCAAUAUAACUGAUGUAUGCAUCAAUAGGGGCAUUAGCAGUGAUGAAGUAGCUGGUGAGCUCAGGAAUGCUAUUUUUGAGGAAACUGGUCUCACGUGCAGUGCUGGAGUGGCACCCAAUCUAAUGCUUGCGAAGGUUUGCUCAGACAUUAAUAAGCCCAACGGACAGUUCAUAUUACCAAAUGACAGGACGGCUAUCAUGACUUUUAUAUCGUCGCUUCCCAUUCGUAAGAUAGGGGGUAUCGGUAAGGUGACUGAACAUAUGUUUAGGGAUGUCCUUGGAAUCAAAACAUGUGAGGAUAUGCUGCAGAAGGGUGCUUUCCUUUGUGCGCUAUUUUUAAGUUCUUCAAGUG